CUGUCAUCUCCCAGAUUGUCCCAGGACACGUACACGAAACUGUACCAACCCUGCAGCACCUCAGAAUAUCGGUACCAACUGCACCGGGUCAGAUAUGGAGACCAAGGAAUGUCAAAUAUCAGCAGUUGAUACAACGGGAUGUGAAAAUCCGCUGGGUAUGGAAAAUCGAUCCAUCCUUGACUCCCAGAUCACUGCCUCUUCAAUUGCAAGUAAACCGGUCCAUGCACCACAGGGAGCCCGACUGAAUAAUCAGCAUGUUCCUGACGUUACCAUUGGUGCAUGGGCUGCAGGUGGGACUAAAAGGGGCGAGCACAUACAGGUUGACCUUGGAAGAGUCAAGAUGGUUACUAAGAUUGCCACACAAGGAAGACCCAGUAAAGGCCCCCAAUGGGUGACCGAGUACAGUGUGUCUUACAGCAACGACACAAGGGACUGGACAAACUACCGUGGAGACUGUCUUAAGAAAUUUCCCGGAAACUUCGAUAUGAACACAGUGGUGACCAACAAGAUUGAGAUACCGAUCAUUGCUCGAUACAUUCGUGUCAUUGUACAAGAGUGGAGUGGCAAUCCUACAAUGAGAAUGGAGCUGUAUGGGUGUACCCCACCUUGAAGCACGAACGAACACCAAGAAAUGUCUUGUUUUAUAGCCACAAUAGGCCUUUUGCAACAAACAGUCACGUGCUGAUAUGUGACUUUGAUAACGAAUCAAUUCAGCUCAAGGUCCCUUGGGGAAGGCUCUGCUGGAUGGCAAGCAAACUUUAAACUGCUUCGUAUCUGAAAAUCGAAAGUAUCUCAUAAGGAAAAAAAGUAUCUCUGAAAAGGUUUUGAAUACGACAUUAGCAAUCCAGCAAAAAAUCUUUAA